AUGGUAGAUAUGCAACGCCACUCCUUCGAGGAAGCCCCUCCAACCGGCAAUCGCAAACAUGCAUGGGAAUCACAUUCUCGAUCUCAAUCUUCGGAGGAACGCAGACCUGUUCUACUUACUGAGUUUGCAACCAUCAGUUUGCCAUUCUUUGAAACAACCACAACUUCUCAAUCAUCAUUGUCAGACGAGCCUGGAGUCCAGGAUACUCUGACACCCGCCCCUCAUUGUAAGGAAAAUCGGACUCUGCAACCCCAGCGAGGUCGUAAAAGGGUGAGGAGAGCUACAAGUCCAGUGGGCUUGAGGAGCUCCUUCCGAAGCCCGAUCUCGCCUGAUAGAUUCAUCCCAAAGCGUGACUUCGAACCAACAUCGACCGCAUUUCAUAUCACCAAACAUCCGCAGCGUCUUUCACCUCAAGAGAAAUCUCUUCGACGACUUCCUCCUGGUGAUGAUCCAUUCCUACCCACAACCCCAAGUAGGGGUCUCACUGUCGGACCGCAACAGCCAAUUCGACUCCGGCAGAUUCCACAUCAUCGGCCUCGUCAAAUCACUGAGCUCAUCAUUGCGGGAAGCCACUCUGCACAUGGGUCAUUGAGACAAGUCAGCUCCGGUGCAGUGUGGAAUGUGAGUGGGACAUCUGCGGUCCUCGGAAGUUCUCCUGUCACGACUGCCAAUGACCCUCGGAUCACUUCGAGCAAUAGAUCACCUGCCCCGGUUUACGUUGCUCGCUUCUUACCAAAAAAGCCCAAGUACAGUGAAGAUGAGAUACACGAGUCGAGACUUGCGCUUGCUUUGGGAAUUGACCCGACGACCAGACAGUUAGAGACUUGUCUACGGUAUUUGCAUGCUCCUACCAAUCCAGCUUCUCCAGAUUAUGCGCAUUUCUCCCCGUUUUUCUUGAAGGAAAGUGACUGGAAAACUGACUGGAAGGAUUGUUUGUCCACAUCACUUCCCAAAAAGGAGGUCGUUCCCGCGAACCCUUUCCGAAUCCUUGAUGCGCCCUUCCUUCGAGACGACUUUUACUGCAGCACGCUUGCCUACUCGACAACAUCUGGAAUUCUGGCAGUCGGCUUGGGCCAUAAAGUCUACCUUUGGUCAGAAGGUCGUGGGCUGAGUUCUCCCCCAUUUCCGCGUUUGCGCCGGUCGAACUAUGUGACCUCUCUCGCGUUCUCGUCAGAGAAUGGUGAGAGAAGCAUUCUUGCAGUGACACGUCGGUCUGGUCAACUGACUCUGUGGAGCACCUUCGAGAAACAUGUGCGCUAUGAGAUCAGCCAUCCGUGCACCCUCACAUCCGUGGCAUUCAAGCCGACAACCUCACGGAGACCUUCAGAACGGUUUGGAUACUUCGAUGUAGAUGUGGAGGAACUCGUUGUCGGUGACGAGCUUGGAAAUAUCUGGUACUAUUCAGUCGAGUGGACCAAUGAAGAAGACCAGGCCAAGUGGAAAUGGAAUGGGUCCAUGACGCUUAUUGCAAAAAUCUGUGCACACACUCAACAAAUAUGUGGACUGGCUUGGUCCCCAGAUGAGAAAUAUCUUGCUUCAGGCGGAAAUGACAAUGCCUGUCUUCUCUUUGACCUGGCCGAAGUUAUCCCGCGACGUUCGGAUUCCAGAGUCUCAUCCGUUCCGUCCCCAGACACCCCCAGCAGCUACAGCCUUGGGGCCUUCCCAUACUUUGCCUUGGGUUCUGCAACAAGACGGAUGUUCAGUAGGCGACCCGCUCUAAACCAUAUUAUCCCAUCAUGGGUUACUCCCGCGAUCAAGCCGUCGUCUACAACCCAAGUUAUGAACCACGCAGGCACUCUCAUUGCCGGUGACGGACGAACGAUUCUAGUUCCAUUCGACAGUCACAAGCAUCGUUUGGUGCACUCGGCUGCAGUCAAAGCAAUUGCGUUUGCACCUUGGCAACCAUCACUGCUCGCAACCGGAGGAGGUACCAAUGACCGAGCCAUACACUUUUACCACACUCGCAGCGGAGCCUGCCUCGCGACCAUCAAUGUAUUUGCCCAGGUGACCAGUCUGAUCUGGAGUGAGACUCAACGCGAAAUUGUGGCUACAUUUGGCUAUGCACAGCCAGAGCACCCAUUCCGAAUUGCCGUCUUUGCCUGGCCCAGCUGCGCACAGGUCGCGGCUAUCCCCUGGGGUCCCUAUGGAAGCAGCUGGGAUGGGUCCGGAAUUCAACCUGGCUUUGACUGUGGUAGAGCACUGUGGGCAGUCAGGUAUCCAGGAAAGCUUCCCAAGUCCUUCGGUGUACCUUUUGGCAGUCAAUCGUCUUCGCGCAUUGGCUCACCAGGUUAUGCUCAGUCUUCCGAACAAAGAGGCUCAACAGGGAGGCGCAAGUCUGGACCUCGUACCGUUACGCCCAAGGAGAAAGAAGGUGGGAUGUGGUGCGCCCGGACAAAGGAGGAGGGAUGCAUUAUCGUUGCGUCUAGCGAUCAAAGUAUCAAGUUCCACGAAGUCUGGGGUGGGAGAAAGACCAGCAUGAGCCCUGGCUGUGGACUUUUUGGCGGAAGUGACAUCCUGGAGGGCCUGGAGGGUAUCGAGAAGUCUAGUGGAGAAGUCAUUCGUUAG